AUGGGGGAUGCAGGAUUUUACCGUGGAACGAGUUUCGAUCAAGAUAGCCGUUUUACGGACAAAGAACGCAAGUUAUUGAAGCAAAUGCGUUUCGAAGAUGCUCUUGAAGAGAAGAUUUGUAUGAGUCGUAUCAAUUUGGAUGUGCUAAAACCGUGGAUAACUGCAAAAGUCAACGAGAUAUUAGGCAUGGAAGAUGAUGUGCUCAUUGAGUACGUAUUCAGUCAACUUGAAGAGAAAACUAUCAAUCCGAAAGUUAUGCAAAUCAAUCUGACCGGUUUCCUGAAUGCACGACGUGCCAGAGAGUUCAUGGGUGAACUUUGGACGAUGCUUCUGGAGGCACAGAACAGUGAAGAUGGCAUACCGGCAUCGUUGGUUGAGAAGAAGAUCAAAGAAAUCGAAGAAAAGGUAUCUAUCCCUCGUAGCAGUAGUAUUCGUUCUAGAUCA